ACUUUGACUCAUCUUUCUGAUACAGUAUGCUCUGAUAUUCUCCUCUCCAUUUCUUACAGGAAUAAAUUGUUGGUGGGCAUCUUUUUCUAGAAGAUAGGAACAUUUUAUUUUACUUCAUCUCCUCUUCUUGGAAAAAAAAAAAUUUUUCUUAAAGUUUCAUAUGCUAAUUGUUAUAAUGAGUUAAUUUAGACCAGGAGUGUUCCCCAAUUGAGGAUCUAGGUCCCAAAAGUGAGUCCCCCUGUUCCAUGUGGGUGGUUAUAGCUAUUUGGAUUAACAAAAAAAAAAGUUAAGAAUAUUUGGACAUAAUAAGAUUAGUUUUGAGUCUCCUCAACUUGUACAGUUUUGAGCCUAUGGAUUAUAUAAUUCAACCACUGCUUGUGGAGAGCUUGAAUUGGUUGGGGUUGGCAAGUGCUAAGAAUUACAGCACAAAAUGCUAUUAGGUUUAAUAAUAUCAUUGGACAUGUUGGCUGAACAUUGUCUAUAGUUAUAUCUGUAUAGUAACAAAGGAGGCUUUCAUUUGUGAUAAAAUACAAGGAUACAAAUCUCAUAGUUCAAAACCUUCAUUAUUAGACCUGUGUAGCUAGUACAGUAGAGAGAGAGAGAGAGAGAGAGAGAGGUGGUAAUUUCUAAUCUUCAUUGUUUCUAGUUCUGUAUCAAGCUCAUUGAACACAUCAAAUAUCAGAUUCAACAAUAUGCCUUCAAUGCAUAUCUUUCAACUCAUAAAAGGAAGAAGGAAAGCAGAAGACAGAGGGCAGGUAAAGGUCUCCGACAAGGACAUCUUCAGCUGUUCAGGACCUUCACACCUCACAACUGUUGAUUGGAAUAAUGCAGAUCACCAUAGAUGUGUUGCAUCAAGCUUGGUAAAUGGUGUCUAUGUUUUAGAGCGAGACUACAAGAAGAAUCGUAAUGGACCUCAAUCUCUUGCUCCACCCUGGUGGGAGUUCUUCCAUUUUCAGUUGCAUCGUCGGAUCAUGGAUGAUAGCUCCAUCUUUGGAGCCGUUUAUGAAUUCAAUCCCCCAGCUUCUACUUCUCACCUCUCAAUCCAUCAGGCCCCAAGAUAUGUCAUCGCCUUCCGAGGCCCAAUCCUCAAGACAGGCUCCUUCACAUCUGACCUAAAAUCAAAUAUACAUAUGGUCAAUGAUGGGAAUGCAGCCCCACGCUUUGAGAUUGCAGUACAAACCAUCCAGGAAAUAUUCUCUGAACAUGGAGCUUCAAAUAUGUGGUUAGCUGGUCAUUCUUUAGGCUCUGCCUUGGCAAUGCUGGUUGGCAAGAAUAUGGCCAAGGCAGGCGUUUAUCUCCCAGCUUUCCUCUUUAAUCCAUCAAACUUUUCUACUCCAAUUGAGUGGAUCAAAGAUGAGAAACUGAAAAUUUUGAUCCGAGUCACAGUAAGUCUUAUCACCGCCGGACUCACUAUUGCCCGAAAGGAUCCACACCGGUGGUCAGCAUCAGAGGAUGCAUUCGUUGCGUUGUUUUCAUGGAUCCCAAGUUUGUUUGUCAAUCCAUCAGAUCCCAACAGCUCAGAGUAUAUUGGUUAUUUUGAGCACAGGAAAGAGAUGGAAAAGAUUGGAGCCAAGAGAAUUGGAGAAAUAGCUACCCAGAAUUCCAUCCCCAGUCUUCUGUUUGGGAAGACAGAAUCAGAACCUUUGCACAUCCUCCCUUCUGCAAAACUUAUCAUUAACAAGAGCUCAUCAUCAAAUUCUAUACUGGUAGCUCAUCAGAUCUGCCAGUGGUGGAGCAAAGACAUGGUUUUGGACACAAAGAUAUACCAAUACAGAUCAGGGAAUUGAAAGUCCCUAUGUAUUUCUGGUUAAUGUACUUUGAUAAGAACCUAAUAAUUAUUAGCUGUAACCUGUAUCAAGGUACCCCCCCCCCAAAAAAAAUAAAAAAUAAAUAAAUAAAAAUAAA